ACGUCACGGGCCAUCCAAUCUAGUCCUAGACUCGUUCUAAAGGAACCCACGGGCGGUUGGGCCACUACUGGACGCGGUAGAUGGUCGGAUCAUUGCUGGACGGCGAGACGAAAUGCAACAGUUGAUCGUGUUUGUUGGGGUCACUACUGGACGAUGAGAGGUAACGCAUUAGUUGGCGGGGCAUGGGCUGGAUGGCAAGACGUAAUGCAGUGCCAUUGCCAAGUUUGGGUUUGCAACUGGACAGCG